AUGGCUUCAACAGAAGUCGCAAAUCUUUUUUCAAUGGCAUUUUCCUCUCUUUGGGCGAUUGUAGGUUAGAUUUAUGAAUUAACAGUUCCCAAUUUCGCAAGGGGGUAGGUGUCACCCUACUUUAUUUCCGACAAGAAAUAUUUUUUGAACGAUCUAUGAAGAUAUUUGAAAUUUUAUAUAACAAUGCAAUUUUCUUUAUUCCCUUUUUUUAUGACGAGGGACGAAGCAGUUUUCAAUGACGAUUACGAUUUGCUCGUGUCAACCCUUCCAUGUUUAGACAAACUUCAAAACAUUAUCGCGCAAUUUCCUCGUCGGUUGUAGUACAAAAUUAUGAUAAAGACGAAUAGACAUGAAACGUAAUAUCAUAUUAAGGAAUUAAAUAAUUUAACUCUUCAUGAGUAACUCGGUAGUCUGAUUGGCCGACGAAUUAUAACAUUAAGUUGAUGUAUAUAAAUUGUCUUGAAUUUCCCUGUUGGAUGAUUAAAUUAUUUUAUUAUUAUUUCCUGUAUAGAUAGUAAUAAUGAUGGUAAUGAUAUUAAUGUUGAUAAUAAAUCAAUUCAAGUUCUCACAGUUGUUAUUUAAUUUUUUUUACUAUCUGCUUUUUCGAUGAUCAAUUAUUUAUUAUUAAUCUUUCGUCAAAUUUCAUUAAAUUGAUUAGUAUAAUUUAGAUAAAUUGUAUCGUAACAUAUUACGAAUUCGAUAAAUUAAAUUGAUAUUUGAUAAAUACUGAUUGAUCUAAUAUUAUUAAUAGUUAUAAGAUUGUAAUCAAUCACGUUCAUUGGACUUGGAUAUCUUGUUAAAAAUUUUCCAUAAACACGAUAAGGUUUCACAUUUUAAUGUAACAUCACGUACGUCUGAUAACAGUGUCUAUAUUAUUGGAGCAUUCUAAAUAAUUGUUACAUUAUUUACAUAAUUACAUAAAUUAACAAUGAUUCAUCUAUUCUGUUUACAAUUUGUUUCUAGUACAGUUCAAUAACUACAGAUUAUUAACAAUGGAAAGCAUUAUAUUAAAAUGAUGUUAUAAAUGUACAUAGUCUGUUAUCAUAGAGAUAUAUCCCAGAGAUAUAUAUAUGUAUCACAGAAAUAUAUACAGCGAACAAAGAUCAUUUAUUCUCACAAAUACUUCAUACUUAUUGGUAGUUGAAUCAAAUACCAAACAUGAAGCACCUACUGGCUGUCUAUUUAGUCGCAUGCAUUUUCUUAACAUUUUGCCAAAAUGCAUCUGCUUUGAACAAGAGUAUCCCUCUGGUAGUCAUUACUUGGGAUUAUAAAGAUGCUACGCAAAAAGCAUGGAAUGUUUUAAACAAUGAAAAGAGGAGCGCCCUAGAUGCUAUAGAAGAAAGUUGCAGUCUCUGUGAAGAGCAAAGAUGCAGGACAACUGUAGGGUAUGGAGGCAGUCCAGACGAAUCUGGUGAAACAACUCUGGAUGCUGUAAUUAUGGAUGGAGUAACAAUGGACGUGGGUGGUGUAGGACUAUUAAGAAAUGUGAAGAAUGCCAUUUCAGUUGCUCGUAAAGUUUUAGAAAAUACUAAGCAUUCUUUACUCGGUGGAGACCUGGCUACAAACUUUGCUGUGGAAAUGGGAUUCAAAAAGGAAUCCCUACAGACAGAAGAAUCAAAAAAAAUGUGGUUGCAGUGGAAAGCAAACACAUGUCAACCCAACUUUUGGAAGAACGUAGAUCCGGAUCCAAAAAGGAAUUGCGGCCCAUAUCAUUUAAGGAAAACGAGGGAGAAUAUCAUGGAGAAACACGUAUCGUACGUGAAUGAAGAGAACCACGAUACAAUUGGUGUUGUAGCUAUAGAUUCAAACGGACAUAUAGCAGCAGGUACAUCAACUAACGGAGCCAAAAAUAAAAUUGCUGGCCGCAUUGGGGAUUCUCCUAUAGCUGGCGCAGGUGCAUACGCUGAUCAAAAAGUUGGCGCGGCAGCUGCAACCGGUGAUGGAGACAUCAUGAUGCGCUUUCUACCAACUUUCCUGGCUGUAGAGGAAAUGCGUCGCGGAGCUACUCCAACCGAAGCUGCGACUACAGCAGUUAGAAGAAUUGCCGAGCAUUAUCCUACAUUCAGUGGUGCUGUGAUUGCGAUAAACAAAGACGGAGACUACGGAGCCGCCUGCAACAGAGUCAACAACGGUUUCCAAUACUACGUGGCCAAUCCUGAACUUGGACGAGCAACGAUGCACCUUGCCAAUUGCAUAAAUACCGAAUAUGAUAACAUACGUGUGCAAUAACAAAAAUGCCAGAAACAACAGAGGAGGACAUGGGAAUGUCCGUUCGUUUAACGAACGAUGACUUCCGGAAGCUGUUGAUGACACCAAGGGCAUCUGUCCCAUCUGCAACUCCUGCUUCAGUACCUGGAACUGCUAGAGAUGCCAGCGCGAAGACUGCACAGACACCAAACGUCAGUGGUGGUAGUCGUGCAGAGUUACGAAGGAAGAAGAAGAGUUUCUAUGCCAAGCUGAAGAAGCAAGAAGAGGAUAAGAUGGCCGAGUUGGCGGAGAAAUACAGAGACAGAGCUAGAGAGCGCAGAGAUGGCACGAAUCAAGAUUAUCAAGCAGAGGAUCCGAUGAACAGCGCCAGCGCAUAUCGCGCAGUUGCACCAGAUUUGAAGUCAGGAAUGGACGCGGCAGAGCGCAGAAGGCAGAUGAUUCAACAGUCAAAAUUCUUGGGAGGUGAUAUGGAGCACACUCACUUGGUAAAAGGCUUGGAUUACGCUCUCCUCCAAAAAGUACGCAGUGAAAUAGAAGCGAAGGAGCAUGAACAAGAGCAAGAAAUGGAAAAGUUAGUGAAACCAAAGGAAAAGAAGGACAAGAAAGAGGGAGAGAAGAAGGACGACGAGAUGCAGUUCAAAACCAAGAUAGGGCGCAAUGUUUAUAGAACAGUUAUGACCAUGAAGUCCAAGCAGAUUGAAAGAAAUGAAUUAUUCACUCCUGGCCGUAUGGCUUACGUGAUAGAACUAGACGAUGAAAAUACAGAUGUAGACAUACCAACGACUCUGAUUAGAAGCAAGGCGGAUGUGCCUACUAUUGACAAUACUCCUACCCUGACGACGAACGACAUUGUAAUAAAUAAACUGGCGCAGAUUUUAUCCUAUCUUCGUCAAGGUAGCCGUCAUGGUAAGAAAGGAAAGAAGAACAAAGAUGGAAGGUCUAGACCUGACGAUAUGAACGACAUGGACAUUGCUCCGAGGCCACAGGACGAAAGUAUCUAUGGAGACAUUGGUGACUAUGUUCCGACCAUUGAUAAGAAAGAUUCGAAUCAGCCAAGAGAGAAAAAGAAAGGUUCUUACUUUGACAAGCCUGAGACUGGUUUGGACACGGAUGAUAAAGCAAAUACACCACAGUUACCAAACGUUGCGCCUUCCAAUUCAGAUAUUAACGCUCCGAAGAAGGGUGCUCUCCUCAACAAAUUAGCUGCGGAGCCAGAAGGCUAUGCAGAAUGUUAUCCAGGGCUGGAUGAGAUGCAAGACGCCAUAGACGAUUCGGACGACGAGGUAGACUAUACCAAGAUGGAUCUUGGUAACAAAAAGGGCCCAAUCGGCAGAUGGGACUUUGAUACACCUGAAGAGUACAGCGAGUACAUGAACAACAAAGAAGCUUUGCCGAAAGCAGCGUUCCAGUAUGGUGUGAAAAUGGCUGAUGGAAGAAGAACGAGGAAGUAUAACAAAGAAAAGAAUGAAAAAGCUGAAUUAGACAGAGAAUGGCAGAAGAUCCAGAACAUUAUGAACAAAAGAAAGCCCACAACGGUGUUGGACGGUGCAUCGGAAUUCAAAGUCCCUAGAUAUUGAAGCGCUUUUUGAAUUAAUUUCAAUUAAAGUAAUAUGAUACGUAGUAUGUACGCUAUAUAUGUACGUGUAGGAUCUUACAUAAUUUGUUUAUGGCUAUCACUUGUACAAAAUCAGAGGCACAAUAAAAGACUGUAUAAUAUUUUUAAAA